AUGAUCCCGUCCUACUUGUUCGCCUGCAUCGUUGCUCCCUUCCUCUUCUUGCUCGCGGCCUUUGCGACGCCCUCGCCCGUCGCUUCCCCGUUCGGAGUCGGCUUCGUCAACCCGGAAGACCGCGACGAUGGCCCGCAAAGGGUCACGCCUGCGAUCACCGUGCAAGAGGAGCCCGACAUAGAGGUCGACGUCCUUCCCUUCGUCCUUGUGUCCACUGUUGAUGGUGCUCUCCAUGCUAUCGACAGGGAAGCGGGACAUGUCCGGUGGACAUUAAGGGACGGAGUCGAACCCUUGGUCGGCGGAGGAUCCACCAACAAGAGAGGAGACGACGUCGAGUACAUCGUCGAGCCUCUCAGCGGUAACCUCUUCGUCCUCGAAGGCGACAAGGGAGAACCGACCGUGCGCAAGCUCCCUCUUACGGUUGAGCAACUCAUUGAGAUUUCCCCCUCCAGUUUCCCCAACAACCCCAGUGUGAUCUUCACCGGGGUCAAGCAGACCUCGCUUCUCACGCUCGAUCUGCGAACCGGGCAGCAACUGGACCAUUUCACGGCCACUCCUUUCGAUAACGCGUCCGCACCCGGCGUGUGCGAGAACGAUCUGCUCGACGACCUCGAAGGCGCAGGCCGAUCGCACCGCGACACACUCUUCGUCGGACGCACCGACUACACUCUCAAGAUCACGACGCAGACAACAAACGUCGAUCUUUUCUCUCCCACAGCAACAGUGGCUGCUGCCAAGAACCGCCAGGAAACUGUCAUUACGUACUCAACCUACACACCGAACGGGUAUAACAAGGCUUUGGCCGAACAGUGGGCGAAGAAUGCUGCGAAGAAUGUCGAAGCACACCCCCGUAUUCAUGUCGAGCUUGGCUUCAACGGAGAAGCCAUCGGAAUCCGAAACGGCAAGGUCUGGGCGACGAAGCUAGACUCGGUCGGUAUCGCGGUCUACGACGUCGUCCAACCGCUGUCUCCGGCUUCUGCAAACCCGGUGAUUCUACCGCAGCCUCCCAUCGAUCUCAAGGCGUUAGUGCCGCGAUCAGCGACCAUUCCGGCGCACUUCCACCGCCCGCCUUCGACAUACAUUGGAAGUGUGCCGUUUACCCCGCAUCACAUGCUUUCCGGGCCGGCGGACCCGACUGAGACGAACGGUCAAACCGAAGACACCAAGGGCGACAAGACGACGCUCAAGCCGCGCCCUCUGCUGUUUGCGCAGUCGUCAAAUGCCUAUCCGUUCGUGAACGCGGCGCCGCCAGCCAAGCCUGGCAACGUGAAUGGUUCCUUCCCGCUGUCGGACUACCUGCCGGAGCGGGAUUCUCUGCUUCCUCAAGACAACCAUUUCCGCCCUCUCAUCGACCCGCCCAAGGAAACUGGUGCCGUUAUUGAACCGCCCCCGAGUGAGGUCGUUCCUGCGCCAGAGGCGCCCAAAUCUGGCAACCGAGGUUGGGCUGUCUUUGUCUUUGAAACAAUCGCCGUUCUGCUCGGUGGCGCAGCCGUCUAUCAAUGGGGCUUUUCGAAAGCCACCCAGGCUGCGUUAGCGACAUCUGGUGCACCGGCGUCAACGGCGUCGCCCCUUAUCGCGCCAAUCGAGGGACCCUCUGGUACGCCAAUUGUGCGCUUUGAGAAUCUUCCCGAGCCUGGCAGCGGAGGAGCGUCUCCGGAAGGAACGACGCCGACACCGACGCCGAAGAAGAAGUCUAACCGCCGGCGAGUGCGAGGGCGAGGACGAAGGGGACGCCGCAACUCGGUUGGCCCCCGUGACGAGGGCGAAGGCGAGGGCGAGGAGGACGCUGAGAGCUCCGCCGAGGAGCGCAAGUCACUUGACGUCCCUGUCAUUGCUAGGAACACGUCCAGCCAGUCCCUUCACACCGACCAGGAGCGGCUGGGCAUUUCGUCCGAUGUCAUCGGAUUUGGCUCGCAUGGCACUGUGGUCCUGAAGGGAACAUGGGGUGGACGACCAGUGGCCGUAAAGCGCCUUUUGUCCGACUUUGUGCGGCUAGCGAGCCAGGAGGUCAAGCUUCUCCAAGCGAGCGAUGAUCAUCCGAACGAGCGAAGAGACAACUUCCUCUACAUCGCGCUGGACCUCUGCCAGGCGUCGCUGGCCGACCUCAUCGAGGCGCCAGACCGACAUGGCGAGCUUGCGGCUAAUCUCGACCAUAAGAAAGCGUUAUCGCAGAUCACGUCUGGCCUGAAGCAUCUUCAUACCAUGAAGAUCGUGCACCGUGACAUCAAGCCUCAAAACGUGCUCGUAUCGAAAGGAAAGGACGGGUCUUUACGGAUGCUCGUCUCGGACUUCGGUCUCGCGCGCCGGCUUGAGCAGGGGCAGUCAUCGUUCGCCCCGACAGCUAACAACCUGGCGGGGUCGCUCGGUUGGCGUGCGCCCGAGUGCAUCCGUGGGCAGGUCAAGCUCAACGAGGGCUUUGACCCGAUCCUCACAACGCACUCGACUGGCAGCACAACGUCGUCGACCGGGUCGAUUGGCGACCUUACGUCCAUGUCGGAUGAGGGCACGCUGGUCAAGGGAGCUCCCCGUGCACGCCUCACCAAGGCUGUUGACCUGUUCGCGCUCGGAUGCCUCUACUUCUGGGUGCUCAUGCACGGUGAGCACCCUUACGGCGAGACGUACAACCGAGAGGCCAACAUUGUCAAGGGUGACGCGGUCUACAUGGACAAGCUGAGCAUCCUGGGCGAGGAGGGGGUCGAGGCGCAGCACCUGAUCAACCGGUUAUUGUCGUCCGACCCGUCCGAGCGACCAGACACGUCCGAGUGCCUCACGCAUCCCUUCUUCUGGACGCCAGCGAAGCGACUCGCAUUCCUUUGCGACGCUUCGGACCGGUUCGAGAUCAUGGAGAACGACCCGCCCGAGUCGACGUUGGUCAUGCUCGAGGACGGAGCGCCCGACGUGAUCGGCAAGGACUGGUACUCACGCAUGGACCGCGUGUUCACGUCGUCCCUUGGAAAAUACAGGAAGUACAAGGGCGCGAGCGUGCGAGAUUUGCUCCGAGCGAUGCGCAAUAAAAAAAACCACUACCAGGAUCUCGAGCCGAGUGCGAAACGGCAUUUCGGCGCGCUCCCGGCAGGAUUCCUUAACUAUUUCACGACCAAAUUCCCCAAGCUCUUCCUGCACGUGUACCACGUCGUGCGCGACAGCCGUCUCCGCCACGAGACCAUGUUCGAGGUCUACUUCCAGGAGAAGGAGAGCUAG